GGAGUUUGCCAAUUUGACCAACAGCAAAGGGCUUCUCUCCAUGCCAUACUCCUUGGUUAAAAGCGAGGCCAAUUUCUUAUACUGCAUGAACGAUAUGAGCGACAUGCUCCCCAUCAAACACUAUUUUGGCUAUACAGUUGCUGUGGUUUUUGUAAUAGAGAUUGUGCAGCUUUUACUAGCAUUAUGGAUGUUAGGAAGGUUUAUUUUUGCACCAAUUUCGCUUCUCAUUUUACUGGCUUAUAAUUUUUGGAGCAGUCACGUGUCUAUUGACAUUGUAGAAAAGUUUCUGCGAGACCAGCAAAUGAUCUCACCUAAGAGGUAUUGCUACACUGAUAUCAUUGCCAUCACGGGCCACUUUAGAGAGAAGUUAGGACAAGGAGGAUUUGGAUUGGUUUUUAGAGGUGCACUUUUAAGUGGCCAACAUGUUGCCAUCAAGAUACUCAGAAAUUCUCAAUUCAACGGAGAGGAUUUCAUCAACGAGGUCUCAACAAUUGGUAGGAUUAACCAUGUAAAUAUAGUGCGGCUUGUUGGUUUUUGCUCAGAAGGGUCAAAGAGGGCUCUUGUUUACGAGUACAUGCCCAAGGGAUCAUUAGACAAGUAUAUCUUUUCGGCAAGAGGAACUAGUAAUAGGCCCUUUUCUUGGGAUAAGCUCAAUAAAAUAGCACUUGGGGUGGCUCGGGGUAUCGAUUACUUGCAUCGAGGAUGCGACAUGCAGAUUUUACAUUUUGACAUCAAACCACAUAAUAUUCUCCUAGACCACCAUUUCAACCCAAAGGUUUCAGAUUUCGGACUGGCAAAAUUGUAUCCAAAGGAUUACAGUCUUGUUUCUCUUAGUGCAACAAGAGGAACCAUUGGAUAUAUUGCUCCAGAAUUGGUAUCGAGAAAUUUUGGAAUUGUAUCUGACAAAUCUGAUGUCUAUAGUUUUGGAAUGCUAUUAUUAGAGAUGGCAGGAGGCAGAAGGAAUGUAGACAAAACGAUGGAAAAUACAAGCCGAGUUUACUAUCCUUCUUGGAUAUACGACCAGCUCGCACAGAACAAUGGGAUAAUUGAAAUAAAUAACAAUAUGGAGAUUCAUGAAAUAGAAAGAAAGCUAUGUAAAGUGGGAUUAUGGUGCAUUCAGAUGAAAUCGUCAAAUCGCCCUUCAAUGGACAAAGUUGUAGAGAUGUUAGAAGGGGAUACAGAUAACUUGCAAAUGCCGCCAAGGCCCUUCUUUUCAUCCUCGCAGCCGAUCUCUGCAAGGCAAUCUUCCAUUCAAUCCACUUCAAUAGAAUUAUCGACCAUUUCCGAGAAAGAGGACUAUUCAUAUUCAGACAAAUAAUAUGAGGGAUUUAAAAUUUGUUAGUUCAGUUACUCAAAACUAAGUUUGCUAAUGUACCACAUGCACGAAUUAGAGUUACGCUUUGAUAAGACACACCAAUCUUUUUAGCUGCUGUUAAUAUAGCAUACUUAUUUAAUCCUAAUCUUUUUAGAAGCCCUAAUCCUAAUCCUAAUCCGUAUCCCGUAUAAUCUUAAGCUUCUCUUGUACUACUCAGAAUUAAUGCGUGGAAGCAAGAUCCUUACCUUGGAUAUAUAUAUUGGACGAGGUUGCAUGAGUUCAACCUGAACCUGGGCAUAUAUGCGAGCAAAAUGCUAAUCCCUACCUUCGUUUCUUCUUAUUCUCGCCAUUAAUCUUUUGCACUGAUUUUCGCGGAGCUUUCUAGUAUUUCGUUGGAUCUUCUAAAACUUGUUUGGUUUAUCUUGCACCACCUUGGAAGCGUGCCGAUGGGGUGGAACGUGGAAGUUGUGUCGUUGGAAGUAAUUAAUUGUCGGGAAGCAUCGCACGUGGAGG